AAAAACACACAUCAUGCCAAGUGGUGGGAAGCCUUCCCAGUAGAGUGGAGGCUGUUAUAGCAGCAAAGGGACCAACUCCAUAUUAAUGCCCAUGAUUUUGAAGUGAGAUGUUUUGACGUUCAGGUAUCCACAUACUUUUGGUCAUGUAGUGUGUAUAUUACAUCUUCGGCCGUUGUCAGAAAGAAGCCUAAUGCCACAUUUAUAUGCUAGUCGGGAACUAGCAAACUCGGAAAUGUCAGAUUUAUACACGUGCUGCGUUCAAUCAGUUAGCAAGUCAAACAUUUCUGAGUUUCCUAGUUCCGACUAGUACUUGAAACUCGAAAAGUUCAAAAAUUCCGAGCUCUAGAAAGACGCGUGAGUUCCCGAGUUGGAAUUUCGAGCUGGAUGACUGUUGUAAAUAUUUUUUCCCAGUUGUAGCUCGUUUAUGCCCUAGUUCCCAGUUGUCUUGAACGCGCUGAAAUCAGGCCCAUAAUCCCAAAUCGUUCGAGGGACGAGAGUCACGUAGGAGUGACGCCAUCUGACGCAAGACAAUGGCCCAAAGGGCGUUUCGUUUCCUAGGUAACAGCCGGAGCGUGCCUUGUUACUGCACCUUCCCCUAUAGAAGGCAGCAGGGGGGCAGCCCUCCACCCAUCACACCGUUUUUUGGUGCAAACUAGCGAACACCACAUGCAUUAUUCGUGCAAAUUACAUUUUUGCAAAGUUAUACCUCUAGAAACCUUUUACUGAAAUAUUGCAUAUAAGUUUACUUCGCAGGAGCAAGCAAGAUACCAAAACUGUGCUACGCCAAGGACAGCAGCAUCUCCUCCAAGUGCCACUACCCCACCUCAUUCCCUGCCAGAGCCUACACCACCAUGCCUGGCCAGUUCAGAACCCCCAGUGACCCUCUUGUGUCCGGCCUCCUCUCUUUCCCCUCCUCCUGGAGCUCUGGCCCCCUGCAGCCCCUACGUUUCCGAGCCCGAACUGAAUCCAUGGACUGGCGGCGCCUCUCUGCCCUGGAUGUGGAUCACGUGGCCAGGGAGAUGGACGUGGUCGUACUGCAGGAGUACAUAUCUGCUGUCACCUUCUGUGAUGUCACAGGUGAGAGGUGUCCCUACUGCCGUAGCCCUGCUGACCCGGCCCUUGUCAACCUACUACGUAUGUCCCAGCUCAGCACAGAGUACCUGCUGCACUGUCAGGACUACCUGAGCUCCCAGGUGUCUGGGCUAGAGGACCGUCUACAGGGGGUCCUCUCUAAGGCAGACCGAGAGGGAGAGGAGAGGGCCAGGCUGGACUCUGAGCUACAGGCUACUAAACAGGAGAGCAAACUCAGGAAGAAGAUGCUAGCCACACAGCAGCUCCUACUACAGGCUAGCUUCAACAACUACCACAAGUGCCAAUGCUGUGAGAAGUCCUUCAUCAACUAUUCCUACUUACAAGCCCACCUACACCGCAGGCACCCGGAGCUGACAGACACAGAGCGGCAGAAGAAGAGGCAGGUGGAACAGAUGGAGGAUGGGAUAGAGGAGCUGAGAGAGAGGCUAAAACUGUCCCAGACUAGACUGGACGUAGAGAGGGAAGCAGAGGCCCUUAGGAAACAGCAGGAGCUGGAAGAUCAGCGAAGGAAAGAGACCUCGGAGAGAGAGAAGAUGGAGAGCUGGAAAGAGGAGGAGAGGAAGAAGUUUCAUGAGGAAAUGAGGGACCUGAAGCAGCUGUUCCUGCAGGAGUUCAGAGAUAUGGCCAGCAGGAGCUCCUCCAUCGAGGCUAAACUGCAGGAGCUCCAGACCAGAGAAGAAGUGACUGUUUCUAACCUGGGCUCCUAUCAAGAGGAGGAGGAGCUGCAGCAGAGAGAAGAGGCAGAGAAGAGGAUGAUGAUGAUGAAGAAGAAGAUGUCUGAGCAGAAGCGUGAGUGGCACAAACGGUUUAAAGAGAUCCAGAACAGGCACGUGUUGGAGAGAGACGAGCUUCAGAGUGAGAAUGAUAGGUUGCAGCUGGCCCUGUCUGUAGAACACAGGUCAGACCGACACAGGCUAGAACAACAGGUCACUACCCUGUCUGCCAGGGUCCAACAGAAAGACCGGCUCAUCAGGUCUCAGGAGGAUAAGAUCAGCAAGAUGUCUAGAAGACCAGUGACAGAUACUCCCAUCAAACAAACGUUCCAACACUCCACGGAGGAGGAGGAGGAGGAAGAAGAGGAAGAAGAAGAGGAGGAGGAGGAAGAAGAGGAAGAAAAUCUGGAGGAUUCUGGUGAGACCAGGAGUAGACUGUUGGAGUCCCUCCGGAGGAACCCCGCCUUGAUGAAGGAGUUCAGACCCAUACUAGAGGAAACCCUGGAGGAGAGGCUGGAAAAGAUGGGUCUCAGAAAGGGAACCAAGGGUAUAUCCAAGAAGACCUUUAAGAGCCUGAGCACGUUGGUAUCUGGUCAGCGACAUCACAUGUCCAGACAGAAAGCAGACCUCCUGGAGCUCAGGGAGAGCCUGGCCAGAGAGCUGACGCGCAGAGUGCACGCCCUGCAGAGGAGCCAGGGGAUCACCGUACCUACUUUACCCAGACAGGUUACCAUACCCAGUACCACCCCUCAGUCCCAGAGUAAGAACCAACACCCAGGAAGUAAACUGAAAUCCCCAGAUCUGCAUAGCACACUAUCACGUUUGUCUUUAGAGAAGAGGAGUCCUAGCCGGGAGAAGAGUCCAAAAAGCAGACAGACACCAGUGAAGGUGAAGGUCUCCUUGAGGAAAAAGAAGGCUCCACAACCUCAACAGACACCAAGCACUCAUAGAAAAAAGAACAGCACCCCUCCCUUCAGUUCUGAGGAUGAGGCAUCAGGAGAAGACAUUCCUUCUGUCACCAGCCCUGGCAGUAGGUCUGGUGUUUCUGUCACCAGCCCUGGCAGUAGGUCUGGUGUUUCUGUCACCAGCCCUGGCAGUAGGUCUGGCCCCUCUGUGAGGGUGGUGCGGUCUGGAUCCAGCUCAAGGCAGAAGUACCCCAUGUCUGGUUCUACCCAGGGAGAGGACUGGUCUGGGACAGACACAGAGCUCUCAGAAGGGCCUACAAGUCUAACAGCCCACCGUGGAGCACAAAAUCAGACUGUUAAAACCCUGACCAGAAGCUUGGAGAGACAGUUGAGUUCUCCAAUGAACAAGCCAGUAGGAGGGACCAGAGUGGUGAUGCCACCAGUAGCAGCCAAGGUCUUACCCAAACCCAAACCCAGGACAGCGUUAAAACCCCUACAGUUAUCGGACGAAGACAGCGACCUAGAACUGUCUUCCAUCGAGGAGCUCCUGUCCCUGCCGGUAGGGGGCCAGUCUCAGUCCCUAGGGGGGCGAGGGAGCACCGAGGUGGGCCUGGGAGGAACCUCAGGAACCAGCGUGUGGAGCUCCUCAACCAGCAGAGCAGGAGGGCUUUAAUGCACUUUUCCUGUUUUUUUUUUUCAUUUUUAUUUAGUGCUAUGUAUCCUUUAAUUUAUCCAGAUGAGUGCCUUUUUUGAGAUGGAAAUCUAUUUUUCAAAGGGCGUAUGUGAUAUAUGAAUGACUCUUUUCCAAGUUAUAAAACAAUUAGCAGAAGAUGCAUUCCAACGUGAUGAGGAGCUGGCGUGUUAUACCAGUUAUAAAACAAUUAGCAGAAGAUGCAUUCCAACGUGAUGAGGAGCUGGCGUGUUAUACCAGUUAUAAAACAAUUAGCAGAAGAUGCAUUCCAACGUGAUGAGGAGCUGGCGUGUUAUACCAGUUAUAAAACAAUUAGCAGAAGAUGCAUUCCAACGUGAUGAGGAGCUGGCGUGUUAUACCAGUUAUAAAACAAUUAGCAGAAGAUGCAUUCCAACGUGAUGAGGAGCUGGCGUGUUAUACCAGUUAUAAAACAAUUAGCAGAAGAUGCAUUCCAACGUGAUGAGGAGCUGGCGUGUUAUACCAGUUAUAAAACAAUUAGCAGAAGAUGCAUUCCAACGUGAUGAGGAGCUGGCGUGUUAUACCAGUUAUAAAACAAUUAGCAGAAGAUGCAUUCCAACGUGAUGAGGAGCUGGCGUGUUAUACCAGUUAUAAAACAAUUAGCAGAAGAUGCAUUCCAACAUGAUGAGGAGCUGGCGUGUUAUACCAGUUAUAAAACAAUUAGCAGAAGAUGCAUUCCAACGUGAUGAGGAGCUGGCGUGUUAUACCAGUUAUAAAACAAUUAGCAGAAGAUGCAUUCCAACGUGAUGAGGAGCUGGCGUGUUAUACCAGUUAUAAAACAAUUAGCAGAAGAUGCAUUCCAACGUGAUGAGGAGCUGGCGUGUUAUACCAGUUAUAAAACAAUUAGCAGAAGAUGCAUUCCAACGUGAUGAGGAGCUGGCGUGUUAUACCAGUUAUAAAACAAUUAGCAGAAGAUGCAUUCCAACGUGAUGAGGAGCUGGCGUGUUAUACCAGUUAUAAAACUAUUAGCAGAAGAUGCAUUCCAACGUGAUGAGGAGCUGGCGUGUUAUACCAGUUAUAAAACAAUUAGCAGAAGAUGCAUUCCAACGUGAUGAGGAGCUGGCGUGUUAUACCAGUUAUAAAACAAUUAGCAGAAGAUGCAUUCCAACGUGAUGAGGAGCUGGCGUGUUAUACCAGUUAUAAAACAAUUAGCAGAAGAUGCAUUCCAACGUGAUGAGGAGCUGGCGUGUUAUACCAGUUAUAAAACAAUUAGCAGAAGAUGCAUUCCAACGUGAUGAGGAGCUGGCGUGUUAUACCAGUUAUAAAACAAUUAGCAGAAGAUGCAUUCCAACGUGAUGAGGAGCUGGCGUGUUAUACCAGUUAUAAAACAAUUAGCAGAAGAUGCAUUCCAACGUGAUGAGGAGCUGGCGUGUUAUACCAGUUAUAAAACAAUUAGCAGAAGAUGCAUUCCAACGUGAUGAGGAGCUGGCGUGUUAUACCAGUUAUAAAACAAUUAGCAGAAGAUGCAUUCCAACGUGAUGAGGAGCUGGCGUGUUAUACCAGUUAUAAAACAAUUAGCAGAAGAUGCAUUCCAACGUGAUGAGGAGCUGGCGUGUUAUACCAGUUAUAAAACAAUUAGCAGAAGAUGCAUUCCAACGUGAUGAGGAGCUGGCGUGUUAUACCAGUUAUAAAACAAUUAGCAGAAGAUGCAUUCCAACGUGAUGAGGAGCUGGCGUGUUAUACCAGUUAUAAAACAAUUAGCAGAAGAUGCAUUCCAACGUGAUGAGGAGCUGGCGUGUUAUACCAGUUAUAAAACAAUUAGCAGAAGAUGCAUUCCAACGUGAUGAGGAGCUGGCGUGUUAUACCAGUUAUAAAACAAUUAGCAGAAGAUGCAUUCCAACGUGAUGAGGAGCUGGCGUGUUAUACCAGUUAUAAAACAAUUAGCAGAAGAUGCAUUCCAACGUGAUGAGGAGCUGGCGUGUUAUACCAGUUAUAAAACAAUUAGCAGAAGAUGCAUUCCAACGUGAUGAGGAGCUGGCGUGUUAUACCAGUUAUAAAACAAUUAGCAGAAGAUGCAUUCCAACGUGAUGAGGAGCUGGCGUGUUAUACCAGUUAUAAAACAAUUAGCAGAAGAUGCAUUCCAACGUGAUGAGGAGCUGGCGUGUUAUACCAGUUAUAAAACAAUUAGCAGAAGAUGCAUUCCAACGUGAUGAGGAGCUGGCGUGUUAUACCAGUUAUAAAACAAUUACAGAAUCAAAUAACCUUUCGGUUUUAUUCCAUUUUCCAGAAUCAAGCUAUACUCAGCAAAAAAUUGAAACGCAACAUGUAAAGUGUUGGUCCAAUAUGUCCUGAGCUGAACUAAAAGAUUACAGAAAUGUUCCAUAUGCGCAAUAAAAAGCAUAUUUCUCAAAAGAAAGUGUAUUCCUAAUCUAUAGGUUAGGGCCUAAUGAUUUUGUUUUCUCAAUUUACUGAUUUCCUUAUAUGAACUGUAACUCAGUAACAGUUGGAAAAAGGUGCAUGUUGCGUUAAUAUUUUUUGUUCCGUGUAUAUAUAGGGACUUUCUUGGUAGGACUCGAACUAUGUUGGUACUUUGAAUGUGGUAAUGACUUGUUUUGUUUUUUUUAUAAUCAAGAGAUAUAGUGCCUUCAGAAAGUUAUGGCAAAUAAGUUCAGGAGUAAAGAUGUGCUUAACAAGUCACAGAAUACGUUACAUGGACUCACUCUGUGGUGAAAUCCUUGAGCAGUUUCCUUCCUCUCCGGCAACUGAGUUAGGAAGGAUGCCUGUAUCUUUGUAGUGACUGGGUGUAUUGAUACACCAUCCAAAGUGUAAUUAAUAUCUUCACCAUGCUCAAAAGGAUAUUCAAUGUCUGCUUUUUUUUUUACCCAUCUACUAAUAGGUGCUCUUCUUUGCGAGGCGUUGGAAAACCUCCCUGGUCUUUGUGGUUGAAUCUGUGUUUGAAAUUCCCUGCUCGACUGAGGGACCUUACAGAUAAUUGUAUGUGUGGUGUACAGAGAUGAGGUAGUCGUUCAAAAAUCAUGUUAAACACUAUUAUUGCACACAGUGAAUCCAUGCAACUUAUUAUGUGACUUGUUUCGCACAUUUUUACUCCUGAACCUAUUUAGGCUUGCCUUAACAAAGGGGUUGAAAACUUAUUGACAGUUUGAGCUCUUCAUUUUUUAAUGAAUCUGUAAAAACGUCUAAAAACAUAAUUACACUUUGACAAUAUGGGGCGGUGUGUGUGUGUGUGUGUGUGUGUGUAGGCCAGUAACACAAGAUAUCAAUUUAAUCCAUGUUCAUUGCAAGUGGUGAAUACUUCCUGCCACUGUAGGGAUUUUGUACUGUAUGUUGUUUUGGUUUUUAAUGAUUUUGUACCGUAUGUUGUUUUGUUUUUAAUAAUGUUGAAAUAGCUACUGUUAAUAUAUUUUUUGUUUUUCUAAUUUGAAAGGAAAUUACCAAUAUUCAUAUUUAAAACAUAUUUCCCACUAUUUCCACUAUGAAUAAAUAAUGAAUAAAUAAUUAAAUAUUUCUACAAUU